CAUACAUACAUACAUACAUACAUACAGUAGUAGACAGACAACCUUGCCCCCCCAUGAAUGUCAUGCAGAUGCAGUCUCAAAUCUCCUGACGUACAGCAUACUAUAGUUAGUUUGGAGACUGGGAAUCUUCCCCUUUUGCGACACUCGGUGUGUUCAUUCUCAGCGCCAUGACGGUCAUUACACUUCAUGUUGACGAAAAGGAAAAGAUUAACUCGAGAAGUUGAUAAAGGCACGUAUAAUUAUAUUUUAUUUCAUGUCAUGUCAUGUUUUUUCCUUCCAAAACCACUAGAGGGACUAGCGUUGUGCUCCCAACAGGUUAUUUCCUUGGAACGUGCCACGAUGACAUCAGAUUUGGUCUUUCCAGGAUUCUAUUCCGACAUUCGCGCCUUUUUCCUUUGGUUUUCUUUACUUUUCCCAUGUUUUUGCUUUUUCUCUCUCUCUCUCUCUCUCUCUCUCUCUCUUUCUUCACCUCGUAAGCAUGGUGGAAGCACGGACGUCCGUCGAGUUUUUCGGACCAAGCCAACUAUCCCCCACGCGGUCCUGUCUUGGCAGAGGACUCCCUGAUAAGGCAUUUGACUGGUCGGAGACCCCCUAAUUGCCGUGUACGGCAUAUACUAUCGAGGGCUUGGGCUUUCCGUCGUACAGCAUACGCCCUUCCACGCAUCCUGAUAGGUUGGUUAGGGCUUCGAUUCAUGCAACUUCGUACGUAAAGUAAAGGAUGGAUCCCAUCGGCAGGAGAAAGGAAUGGGGAAAAAAAUAUACGACGGAGUGGAAUCGCCAAUUUUCUUUGUCUAACAGAAUUUUAUAUCCGCUGCCUUAUCAUUGGGUCGGUGUAACGUUGGAUGGCAUGCAUUCUUAUACGGGUCCCCACUUGCUUCCAUCUAGACCUUCUGCCCCAGUUCAUUGGUAUUCUCAAAGUACAUGCAUUAGUAUCUAUCAGUAUAUAGCUUCGCUACCCCUGGGUUUUAAU